AUGGCCGCAGUUUCCGCCGAUCAGACCUGGUUCGACACCAUCAAGAGGUCCUUCGCCGAUGUCCCCAUCGAUGCUGAAGAUGGCAUCUCCACCACCGAGUUCCUCGAGGCCGCGGAGGCCCUGGUGACCUUGUUUGAUGUCCUCGGUUCCGUCGCUUUCAACCCGGUCAAGAAUGAUCUGCUAGGCAACAUCAAGAAAGUCCGCGAGCGUCAGCUAGCUGCCCCCGCUGAGUCUGAGACUCUCCAGGCCCUUGUCCUGAACGAGUUGAAGACCAAGAAGCACACUGCCACUGAAGGCUUGGUCUGGCUGGUCCGUGGCCUUGACUUCACCGUGCAGGCACUCCGCAACAACAUCAACAAUGCCUCCAAGGAGCUCUCUGACUCCUUCCGUGACGCCUAUGGCAACACCCUCAAGCCUCACCACUCCUUUUUCGUCAAGCCCGUCUUCUCCGCUGCCAUGUCUGCCACCCCAUACCGCAAAGACUUCUACCUGAAGCUUGGUGCAGACCAGGCCAAGGUCGCCGCUCAGCUCGAGAAGGAGGUUGCCGCAUUGGAGAAGGUCAUGGCUAUCCUGAAGGCCUUCCAGGACACCAAGCAGGCCAAGUGGUAG